AUGUUUCCAGGACAAGGCUACAACCAAGGCCCUCCUCCUCCCCAGGGCUAUUAUCCCCCGCCGCAACAACCGCAGUACCACCAAUCGCCUCCUCCGCCAAACUACGGCAACUAUCCUCCGCCCCAGCAGCAGUACGGCCAGCCGCAGUAUGGGCAGCCGCAGUAUGGCCAACAGCAGCAGUACGGCCAGCAAGGUUACAACGGCGGCAGAGCACAGGGAGGAGGCUUCGUGCCCCAGGGAACGCAGCGAUUUGGACAUGGUGCACCAGACAACUACACAUUCCAGUUCAGUCAGUGUACCGGACGGCGCAAGGCCCUUCUCAUCGGCAUCAACUACUUUGGGUCGCAGAACGAGCUGAAGGGAUGCAUCAACGACGUCCACAACGUCUCCAACUUUCUGAUGCAGAACUACAACUAUAAGCGUGAGGACAUGGUCAUCCUGACCGACGACGCAUCGAACCCGGUCUUGCAGCCGACUAAGGACAACAUCAUACGAGCCAUGGGAUGGCUGGUCAAGGAUGCUCGGCCCAACGACGCGCUGUUCCUGCACUACUCUGGACACGGCGGCCAGACGAAGGACCUCGACGGCGACGAAGACGAUGGCUACGACGAGGUCAUCUACCCCGUCGAUUUCAAGCAGCGCGGCCACAUUGUCGACGACCAGAUCCACGCGAUAUGCGUUGCUCCGCUCCAACCAGGUGUCCGCCUGACGUGCAUCUUCGACUCGUGCCACUCCGGAUCGGUCGUCGAUCUCCCCUACAUCUACUCCACAAAGGGCGCGCUGAAAGAGCCGAACCUCGCCAAGGAGGCCGGCCAGGGCCUCCUGAGCGCCGCCAUGUCCUACGCGAGGGGUGACAUGGGAGGCGUGGUUGGCAGCCUGGGCAAGCUGUUCAAGUCGGCCAUGAACGGGGACAAGGCCUACGAGAAGACGAUGCGGACCAAGACCAGCCCUGCAGACGUCAUCUCGUGGAGCGGCAGCAGGGACGAUCAGACGAGUGCUGAUGCAACCAUCGCCUCGCAGGCUACUGGUGCCAUGUCUUGGGCCUUCAUCUCGGCUAUCAAGCAGAACCCCAAUCAGACGUACCUGCAGCUGCUUAACAGCAUCCGGGAGGUGCUCCAGAGCAAGUACACGCAGAAGCCCCAGCUGAGCUGCAGCCACCCCUUGGAUGUCCAAAACGUCAAGUUCAUCAUGUGAGCCUCCUAGCAAAAUAUUCGAUGAUGAUAGCAAGAUAGGAACAGGUGUAUGGAGAUACUGCGCGCCUUCGCAGAGUCACGGCCCUACUGGGCUAUCAGGUUCAGGCAAGGCGGGUACAGGGCUAGGCCUUCUGAAGAUUCAUUUGCAUGAGAUAAUGAUUGUAGUAUUAAAGAGACGUCUCUAUCUGACAAUGUUUGGCGUCCC